GUACGUGAUACAACCCGAUAUCGAUAUGCUGCCCAUCACCAAAAUCAAUCUCAGCAUUGAUAAAUCUAACGCAACUGAGGAAACGACUGAAAUCAGAGCAAGCUUCACAGCACAUCACUUGUACGAACUUAGUGGUUGUGAAGUUCCAGGAGGUUUGAAAACCAGUAGCGGAAGCACGAGCAUAAAUCCCUUCACUUUCUACCUCAACGGAAAGAAAGGAUCAGGAAUUUGCCUAAAAGAGCACAUCAAGAACGUCGGUAGCACUAAAGCAAAACAUGUUGCAAACUUCGGAAAAACAAAAGAUCGGCCCCUUGUGGUCCCUUUCUCUGACGUCACAUGUCAGGAUUCGGAGCUUACUGGUGGUAAAGGGUCAUCUCUGGGUAAGCUAACAGCUCUGAGUCAAGAUCUAAAAAGCUUUGUGGUUCCAAAUGGCGUGGUAGUUACAACAGCAGCUUAUGAGACAUUUUUGACCAAAAAUAUAACGGAUGGCGUCAGAGGACUUGAGGCUGUAUUAUAUGGACAGAUUAAAGGUGACGUGAAGGAGGCUUGCAAAAGAUUAUGUGAUGCGGUCGCAAACGAGAAAAUCCCGGAAGACCUGAAGGAAUCAAUACUAAAGUCUUUAAAUAAAUCUUUCGGUCAAAAAAUGCAUUCAUGCAAAUUUGCAGUUCGGUCCUCUGCAACAGGAGAGGACACGGAACAAAUGUCUGCGGCAGGUCAAAUGGAUACCUUCCUUGGAAUUUCUGGAAUUGAUGAAGUGCUCCUUGCAGUGAAGAAGUGUUGGGCUUCGCAAUUUGGAUUUGUUGCUACAGAAUACAAAAGACGCUACGGACAAGAACUGAACUCUCCGAUGGCUGUUGUGAUCCAACAAAUGGUGCCGUGUGACGUAGCUGGCGUCAUGUUUACCUGCGAUCCUCUAACAGGGAAUCCUACCCUUAUGAGCAUCACUGCCAACUAUGGGUUGGGAGAGUCUGUCGUAUCUGGAUCGGAAGAACCGGACGCCAUUGAGCUUGGGAGAGACUAUUAUGAUCAGUUAACGAUAAGAAAUAAAAGCAUUGGAGCAAAAAGUCGGAAAAUCGUUGUCAAAGAUGGAGAAGGGACAGCUGUGGAAGACGUUUCAGACAACCAAAGAAAUGAGUGUUGCCUUUCCGACGAAAUGAUUUUCAGACUUGGAAAAAUUGGAGUUCAGAUUGAGAAACAUUACCGCACCAAAAGAGACGUUGAAUUUGGAUUUUGGAACAAUAAUUUGUAUAUAUUUCAGUCACGUCCAGUAACGAGUGGCUCCCAGGAGUUAGAUUUUGAAAUUGAAAAUGAAUUCGAUGGGCCCUUGAGGAUAGAGAAUGAUUUCUUCUCGUUCGCCAAUACAGCGGAGGUACUUCCUGGUUCAAUGUCGCCUUUUGGAUACGAUACAUUCUUUCGAAUGUUCAAUCCCAUUUGGCAAUCUGGAAAGAAAACGGAGUGGCAAAGCGAUGUCUCUGUCAGGUACUUCCCAGUGUGCUGGUUGACUACCAAGUUGCACACCAUGUUUAACGUUGCUGACUUGUUUCGUGGCAUGCAUAACGAGGAUAGCAACCCCAUAAAUAAAGCAACUAUGGUGGCUUUCAUGGGACGUCUACUGGACGAUCCAGAACUCUUUGAAGUUUCUGAGGAGCGGUACGCUUACAGCACAACAAAGGAGUGGCCGUGGAUGAAAACGAAGAGAUUGCUGGAGUGCAUGUUUUUCUCCGGAAUGCACUUGAAGAGAGCUCAAGCAUUUUAUCCCAAGUACCGUAUCCCAGUUGAAGAGUGCAAGACAGCUAAAGAAGCUUUAAAGGUGAUGUCUGAGCACUGCUCUGAUCUUACCGAGGCAAUGAUCGCCCAUCUGAUCUGCAGUCAAGGAUCGUCAAUGUGGAACAUGCUUGUGCUGACCACGCUGGCCGAAGCAAAAGGAGAGGUUGAUGAUAGCGUGUACAGAGACUUUUCAACUCUUGUCAAGACGAGCAGCGAUGUUGAAAGUGCUGAUGUUCCUUCAGCGAUACAGAGUUUGGCCUUUCACAUAUCGAGGUCGAUCAAACCAGAGGAAUUCCAAAAGAUGCAAGUUGAGGAAGCUUUACAAUGGUUGCUGGGUUCAUCGUCUUCAGCAGGUCAGAAAUUCAGAUACUUCUUAGAGAAACAUGGACACAGAUGUGUCAAAGAGUUUGACAUUGCUUCAACAACUUGGGGAUCAGAUCCGAAACCUUUAGUGAAACUACUGCAAGGUCUGGCGGCUCACGUGUCGAAAGACGCAUCCCCGAAGGAAACAGAAGGUUUUGAAGCUUUGAGUUCGAAAUUAAGCACGCAAUUGGGAAUCCUAACAAAGCUAAAAUUGAGAUUUUUCCUGCAUAUGGGUUGGAAAGGUGUGCAACAGAGGGAAAACACGAAAUCUUUGUUGGUCAAAGGAACGGAUGCUUGGCGUCAAGGUUAUAACCAUUUGGCGAAACUGAUGGUUGCUGAAGGCCGCAUUCCCGACGAAAGAAUCAUGUACUUUAUGACAUUGGAAGAUGUAAGGGAACUGCUGAAAACCAGAUCGCCAAGAGUUCUCGCUAAAGCCAGACAUCGGCAGAGAUUGCACCCGAAAAUGGAUAAAUACAUGUUUCCCGAAACUUUUAAAGGUGUUCCUAAGCCAAUCACUUUCGAAGAUGAAAUUUUGGUUAACGGCACAGAAGAAAGCUUUACCAUGAAAGGUAUUCCCGUGAGUCAAGGUGUUGCGAAAGGAUACGUGCGGGUAGCACUCACCCUCGAAGAUGCAACACACAUUAAGCCAGGUGAAAUUCUCUUGGCCUACAGUACAGACAUAGGAUGGACACCCUACUUUCCGAUGCUGGCCGGAUGCAUUACGGAAUUGGGGGGACUCAUUUCACAUGGUGCUGUCGUCAGUCGAGAAUACGGGUUACCUUGUGUGGCAGGUGUCCACGGCGCCACAAGAAGAUUUCAAUCAGGUGAUUACAUACUGCUGGAUGGCAACAAGGGUGAGGUGACGAAACUGCCUCCACCAGAGGCCAAAACAUCGUGAUGGAUUACAUGGGAGAGAGAGACAGAGAGAAAAGACAAGAUUUUAUAAAUAUCGAAGCUCAACCGACGUUAAAUCAGGACGUAAGAUGUAGAGAAAUAAAAUUGUAAUUAGAAAUGCACAAACUGAGGCUAUUUUUUCAAAGUUUGAUGUCGUAUAUGUAUGUAUCAG